GCGAUAUGCCUGCAGGCGAGCCCCGCCUACUCACUGCACUGCAAGAUGGCUUGCAGUUUCAGAUCAUUAAAUGGCUGUCUUCUUUCUUCUCUGAGUAAAGGUAGAAGACUCUCCUCAGUUAGUAAACCUGGCAGGAAAUAUGUCCUAGGCUGUGGCAGUAACGUUGUGGACAAUAUAUACAACGUUAGAGUUGUUCCUCAAGCAGGAGAAAAGGGAUUCUUUAUGAGUCCUUUUAAAGCCAGAGAGGCCCAGUUGAUAGGUGGAGUAACUCUUAACCACUUAGCCUGGGCUGCCCUAGGAGGAGUCCCGGCAGGACUGCUAGCUUUUCAAGGCAACGAUGAAGGGGGAAACUUUAUUCGGUCAAGAUUGAAAAGAAUGGGAGUGACAACUGAAUUUAUUGAAGUCAAAGAUAAUUACAUCACUUCAGAAUGCCAUGUAUUCAUUCAAGAAGACGGUGAGAGGAGCAUCUUACAAGCACCAGCUGCUUCUUUCCUUAUCAACACGCAAUCAGCAAGAGCUGCAUUCGAGUCUGCGAUUAAGAAUAAUGCUUCCAUGGUAACCACUGAGAUAUCCCAGCUGCCUUUUACUGGAGUCCUGGAGAUACUAAAAAUGGCAAAAGAAGCAGGUGUUGUCUCCAUUUUGGAUUUAGAUGUGCCCCCUAAGGCGGCCAUUGAAGAAGCUAAGCUUGGUGUGAUGGAGGACAUGUUGGAGUGUUUGAGACUAGCGGAUAUCAUUAAACCAGCCAAAGCAGCUGCCGAUGAAGUUUUGAAAGUCAUGGGAAGAGAGAGUAGUUCAGGAGGCCUUGUUGAUGCUGCAGUUAAUCUAAUGGAGGAGUGUAAUUCAAAGAUGGUUGCUAUCACUGAUGGAGCUUCUGGCAGCAUAUUUGCAACAAAGAACAACGUUAUUAAGGUAAAGUCAAUGCCAGUUGAUAAAGUGAUUGAUACGACUGGAGCCGGAGAUGCUUUUCUAGGAGGACUGAUUGUAGGUCUAUCAAGUUACGGGUUCCCAGGGUCUGUUGCUGAGCUUGAGCGGUUAGGAGGAAUAGCUAAUGCUUUUGGAGCAGCUGGAGUCCAGUCAGUAGGUGGAGUACCUGUCCCAUCAUCAAAGAAACUGCUGCAACACUAUUUACCAGACAUGACGUUUGGUGUUGAAUUUGGGAGUGACGAAGCUUUGAAAGGUUUUACUUCUUCCCUUGAGAGAGAUGCAGCUGCCACCCAACAGCUUCUCUCUUCAGAUUUUGAUAGGAAAAGUUUGAACGACGUCUUAACUAUUUUGGAGGAUUGCCAGGGGCAAAUAUUCACCAGCGGAAUAGGUAAAUCUGGUCUUAUUGCUAGCAGAUUAGCCGCUUCAUUGAGCUCCAUUGGAGUAUCAUCACAAUACGUCAAUGCUGUAGAAUGGAGGCAUGGAGAUCUAGGUAAACUGACUCCUGGUAGAGAUGUGUGUAUAUUCAUUUCUCACAGCGGAUCUACUGAUGAAACAGUUGAAGCAGCUGCUUCUGUCUUAGCUAAAGGAGUCACUACGAUAUCAAUCGCUGGGAAACAAGGCUCGUCUCUAGGGAAAUUGUGUACCCACAGUGUUGAUUACAGCCAUAUUGAUAUUAAUGAGGAGCCGUUUGGCUGUCUACCCACUACUAGUCUUGCAAUACAGGACAUCCUAGUUAAUGCCAUAGUCUCUGAGCUGAUAUUAAGGAAAGGUGUGACUGAAAAAGAUUUUGGUGGGAACCACCCAGGUGGAACGAUAGGAUCAAGACUAGGAAAAUGAAUGACUGCAUAACUACUAACAAUUUAACGCCCACACACUUAACGAGUAAUGCUGCCGCUGCUGCUGUUUAUAAUUGAUUAUAAUUUAAUGUGGAAAUAAGUAUGAUCACUUCUGAUGCAUUUUAAAA